AUGAUACUUAUCGCCAUAUUCGAAUCGAUUAUUGAAUAUUUGCGAAGAAUUGAUUGGGUCGCGCAUGCGUCGUCGAACGCGAUUCUCGCCGCCGCCCAGCCGUUCUAUCAGCCGCCCGUGCAGGACACGCAGCCCGAUAGGCCGAUUGGAUAUGGGGCGUUUGGAGUUGUGUGGUCGGUGACCGAUCCGCGAAGUGGCAAGCGUGUGGCGUUGAAGAAGAUGCCGAACGUGUUCCAGAAUUUGGCGUCGUGUAAACGCGUGUUUCGCGAAAUCAAAAUGCUGUCAUCGUUUCGGCACGACAAUGUUUUGUCGCUUCUCGACAUUCUCCAACCCGCCAAUCCGCACUUUUUCCAAGAAUUAUAUGUGCUCACGGAGCUGAUGCAAAGCGAUCUGCACAAGAUCAUUGUAUCGCCGCAGCCGUUGACGAUUGAUCACGUCAAAGUGUUUGUGUAUCAGAUUCUUCGAGGUCUGAAAUACUUGCACACGGCCAACAUUCUCCAUCGCGACAUCAAACCCGGCAAUUUGUUGGUGAACAGCAAUUGCAUUCUGAAAAUCUGCGAUUUCGGUUUGGCGCGCACGUGGGACAGCCGCGAGCGGCAGAACAUGACGCACGAGGUCGUCACGCAGUACUAUCGGGCGCCCGAGCUGCUGAUGGGCGCACGACGGUACACGGGCGCCGUCGACAUCUGGUCGGUCGGAUGCAUAUUCGCCGAGUUGCUUCAACGCAAAAUUCUGUUCCAAGCGGCGGGACCCAUCGAGCAGCUGCAGAUGAUCAUUGAUUUGUUCGGCACGCCGACGCCGGAGGCGAUGAAGUACGCGUGCGAAGGCGCGCGCAAUCACGUCAUGCGAAGCGGACCGAGGCCGUCGAACGCGCAAUCAUUAUAUCGACUUUCGCCGCAAACGACCGACGAAGCGGUGGAUUUGCUCGUGAAACUGCUGCAAUUCGAUCCGGACAAACGCGCGACGGUUCAGGAGGCGCUCAAACACCCAUAUUUGGAAGAGGGCCGCUUGCGAUUCCAUUCGUGCAUGUGCACGUGCUGCUACACGAAGCCCAACUGCCCGUCGCGUCUGUUCGCCCAGGAUCUCGAUCCAUGCGUAUGUCACGAGACGCCGUUCGAUCCGAAAUGGGAGAAGGAGGUGGCGAGAUUGUCGAUGUUCGAGCUGCGCGACAAAAUGUACCAAUUUGUGAUGGACCGCGCGCCGUUGUUCGGCAUCGCGUUGUGCAUCAAUCCGCAAUCGGCGGCCUACAAGAAUUUUGCGAGCUCAUCCGUCGCUCAGGCCUCCGAAUUGCCGCCAUCGCCAAACGCUUGGUGA